AUGAAUCUUCCAUGGGUAACGUGGAGUGGAACCUGGACUCAGCAGAGGCUGUUUGCCCUACCCGACAAGAGAGGAUCCUGUCAGAGCCAUGUCAGCGCCAGACCAUCCCAAAAUCUAAAGCUAUGUCCUCCUCGCAGGAGUGUCCUUAAGGACCCUUUAUUCUGGCUCACCACCCUGGAGCCAUCAGCUGGGGCCUGUCUGGAACGAGCCUUCUCCAGCCCCAUCUAUCACCCAAUAACAGGCUCCAGGCAGGAUGUUUACUUUACGAUGAACUAUAAGCGACUAUUUCGGAUUAAUUCCAAGACUUGUUGGACUCCGACAACACGCCAGGAAACGACCUCUGCCAUUCCAAUCCGACACUCACCCGCAGACGGAUACUCGAACCUCCGGACACUGCAACUCCCGGACACCCUCUACUUCGGCAAGAGGACAGACUCCCGAACUGUGGGACUACCACUAAGGGAGUGGGGAGCCCUGAGCUGGUACGGGACAUCGCGAGCUCCCGUGCCGCCCAUAACAUCGCCGACACGGCAUCACUCACUCGAGGAUCGGCCUGUCUUGGAGAAAUAUUGCCCCCUAUACUCUCGAUAUUUAUAG